AUGGCACCGCCCAAGAACCGAAUACGCAAAUUCCACCGUCGCAGCAAGAACGGUUGCUCGACGUGCAAGCAGCGUCAUGUACGAUGUGACGAGCGGAAGCCUUUGUGCACAAACUGUCUGCAGACCGGCAAGGACUGCGUAUAUCCUGACGUUGAACUUGACGAGGAGUCUCGAUCAGAUUAUCUCUCAGAGGCCCGAUCUGGAUCCGAGCCAACCGUUAUCCCGGCUGAAGAAGCCUCCAUCAUUCCCAAUGUUGUGUCGAACCAGCCAUUUGCCGGCUUCUCAUGCGACUACCAGAUGUCGGCAAUCGUACAAAGGACACUUCUGCACCCGGGUCUGCUUCACGGCUGCCUCGUCGUUGCGGCUUGCCAAUGGGCAUGGGUCACUGGAUCCCUUGAACACGUCAAGGUGCCGUUUCUCUAUCACAAGGCAGCCGCCUAUGAGUUUGCAAAGCAUCAACUCUCCGAGUCUGAGGAAACCGUUAGCGACACAGCCAUCUUUGCUAUAGCCAGCCUGGCACUCACUGAAGGAGCGGUUGGGGACUUGGAUGCUUCUUCGAAGCACCUGCGCGGUCUUCACAGACUGACUCUCAGGAAGAACGGCUAUAAUUUGAUGAGAUCGAAUCUAGCGCAGCAGAUGCUGCAGAUGGCUGGUGAUCGCCUACGUCUAGGAGAAGUAAAUGUGAUUCACGAUGCCAUCAGUGCUGAUUUCCAGCCCAGUAUCAUCGCCUUGCUGUUCACUUCCCUAUGGGAUAUGGAAAGUCUCCCGCCGCGGCAAGCACCGAGAUACGGUUGGUGGGAAGGCGACGAGACGCCCACAGACAGGCUCUGGCAGGAUUAUACCAAAAACCUAAACUGGGAGCUUUCUCGUGGAUUCGACCCAGAGCGCAAUAUAGCGACGAUGCUCAACGGGGACGCAAAGAGCAGCAGAGCGAGCUACAUUGCCACCUUUUUCUACCUCGUCAUGGCGGUCAACGACAGCGAAAUGGAUUGCGUCCUGACCGUGUGGCUACUGGAACAGCUCAUUGACGACGUCUGUUGCAAGGAGGAGGAAAUGAUUGCCGGGACCUUCAGCCGCAGCCUUUGGUUAUGGAGCGUCCUUUUCGGAGCUGCCGUGGCUUAUACGGGUAGACCAAUUACCGCAACAGGCAGAGAGCAACUCGCGAGGUGGAGAGAGUUGUACGCUGCGAAAUUGAGCUUGGCCAGCAACGUGCUGCAGCUCGACAGCUGGCACGACGCGAAAACGGUACUGGCGGAAGUUGCCUGGACCGAAGGCUCAGAUGCCGAGGGGAGACUACAAGACAUCUGGGAAGCAGCCGUCUUGCGUCGUACGGGCUCUGCAAAUCGGGUUCAUGAAGUGGACGUGACGACGUGA